ACAGAAAUACACAAUCAACAGGAGAACAACCACGCAAGCCAUGGACCUCGCUACGGGGGCCAUGGGCAACCUCCUCCUCAAGCUUGGAAAGCUCCUCAAGGAGGAGUAUGAGCUGCAGACCGGCAUCAAAGAAGACGUCCAACAUCUCGAAAGAGAGCUGAGAACCAUGCAUGCCUCCCUCCGCAAGGUCGGGGAUGUGCCGCGGGACCAACUCGAUGAGAUGGUCAAGCUUUGGGUCGACGAUGUGAGGGACCUAUCAUUCAAAAUGAAGGACAUCGUUGACAGAUUCCUGGUAAGCGUUGAGGGCUCUGAGCCCACUGUCAAGCCACACAAGCUCAAGCGGCUCAUGAAGAAGAUGGGUGACUUGUUCACGAAGGGCAAGACUCAACAUGAAAUUGCUGAUAAGAUCAAAGGCAUCAAGGUACGCGUACAGGACGCAGCUGACCGGCGUGAUAGGUACAAGGUCAAUGACAUGGUGGUUAAUCCAAUUGACACAACUAUGGUUGACCCUCGCCUGUUGGCUUUGUACAAGGAUCAGAAAGAGCUUAUAGGCAUCGAUGGGGUAGUUAACGAGCUAACCAAGAUUCUGACUGAUGAGGAUGGGGAGGUCUUCAUGCAACUCAAGAUAAUCUCUAUAUUUGGAUUCGGGGGCCUUGGCAAGACAACUCUCGCCAAAGCAGUGUAUGAUAAGCUCCAAGCGCAAUUCACUUGCAGCACUUUUGUUCCGGUAGGACGGAAUCCUAGCGCGAAGAAACUCCUCAAUGACAUUCUGUUUGGAAUUACCAAUCAAAUAUACCCAGGGUUGGAUGAAAGGCAGUUGAUCGACAAACUCAGAGGAUUACUUGAGAAGAAUAGGUACUUCAUUGUUAUUGAUGAUAUAUGGGAUACCAAAAUAUGGGAUAUACUCAGUUGCGCUUUGAUGCAUAAUAAUUGUGCCAGCAGGAUAAUCACAACUACUCGCAUCCUUGAGGUCGCCACAAAUACCGGUGAAGUAUACAAGCUAGAACCACUUUCUCAUGAUUUAUCUAAGGAGUUAUUUAAUACAAGAUUAUUUGGUGGUAAGAAUAAAUGCCGUUAUGAUCCACCGGAAGAGGUGUACAAUAAAAUUUUACAUAAAUGUGGUGGCGUACCGUUGGCUAUAACUACAAUAGCCAGCCUACUUGUUGGUAAACCAGUGGAGCUUUGGUCCAAGGUAUACAACUCAAUUGGUUUUGGAUAUGAAGAUAACAAAGAUGUUGACAACACGAGAAAAAUACUUUUAUUUAGCUACUAUGAUCUACCUUGUCAUUUGCGGACUUGUUUAUUAUAUUUGAGCAUAUAUCCGGAAGAUCGUAUGAUUGAAAAAGAUAGUUUGAUAUGGAAGUGGGUUGCCGAGGAUUUUGUUCAUGAGGAACCAGGGGUAGGGUUGUACGACAUUGGCGAGAGAUACUUCAAUGAACUGAUAGAUAAAAGUAUGACACAACCAUAUGAGUUUCCUGCAAAUAAGGGCAUCAUAAGCGGUUGUCGUGUCCAUGAUAUGGUGCUCGAUAUGAUCUGUCUAUUAGCGAAGGAAGAAAAUUUUGUCACUGUAUUGGACAGUAAUGAACAGCACACAUAUUCAGUACAGAGCACUGUUCGUAGGUUAGCAGUUGGAGACAAAACUCGUCUGGUUAACACUUGUAUGGCACAAGUAAGGUCAUUAAAUGACUUCAAUAGUGAUGUUAUGCUGCCACCAUUUUCAUGCUUUGAAGUUUUGCGUGUCCUAGCUCUAGAAGGUGGUGUUUUUUCUAAAAACAACACUAGCUGUCUUGAGAAUCUUGGAAAUUUAGUACAUUUGAGGUAUCUUGGAAUAGGGAAAAUGGUGGAUAUCCAUAGGCUCCCGAAGGAAAUAGGGGGGCUCAGAUUCUUACAAACACUGGAUUUGGGAUGUGAUAGACUAAGAGAACUGCCGCAGAGUGUUGGCCUACUAAUUCAACUCAAGUGCCUACGCGCUUAUGGUAGGCACAUGAUAAUGCCAGACUGGAUCGGGAGGCUUACAUCUCUACAAGAGCUGUGGGUAAGCCAGGUCCACGAGUCUUCAAACUUUAUGAAUGAGCUUGGCAAGCUAACAGAGCUGAGGAAGCUCCGCACAACUGGAACAUUAUGGUUGUUCCAUGCAAGCUCGAUGAAAGCUUGGAUGGAGUCUUUAGUCAAACUGCAGCAAAUCCAAACCAUAGACAUCUGUUUGGUUGUGUCAGUUGGAUAUGAUGACUCCACUUGCUGCUGGGAAGGCUACGUCCCUCCUCGACAAUUCUGUCUUCAGUACCUGUGGUACAACUACAAACAACCUGGUUUGGGUGCUCCAAUUGAUUUGGUGCUUUUAAUCACCUCCCAUUUAUCCGUGUUGGUGGAGAAUGAGAUCUUUGCAAGGUUUCCAGAGCUUAUUACUGUUCGUUUGAAUAUGCCGAGAGGUCACCAACGUGACAUCAUGGGAGAUGAAGGUGCAUCCCCCAAGUUGAGGGUUUUCAAGAGUACAACACCCGGUCAUUUUCCAGAGGGAAUGUUUUCAAGUAUGCCUAGCCCUGAAUCUAUCGAUUUUCACAUCGAAGUGUGUGCUUCCGGUGAUGGCAAGGUUGAUACUUUUGAUUUUGGUACCUUGGGGAAUCUUCCUUUGCUUCAGAAUACACCAAUCAUUACGUGGAUACAUCCAAGUCCAUAGUUGAGACAAGAUAUCUUGGGGUAAGUUGAUCUCCGCCUCCACAAGCAGUGCAUGUUUAUAUCUGUCACAGGCUAAUAAUCCUGCAGUAUAUCUCUUAUUUCCAGAUUUUGAAUUUGAUUGUGUUAACUAUGCUAGUUGUGUAUCUCCACCUGCAUAAAGGUAUGUAUGCACACUCCCUUUAUAUCUUCCUGUUACAAACUGGGUGUCUUCACCCUCUUUUUUCUACAUUAAAAGCUAACAAUCUGCAUGCGUACUAGAUCUGUCUUCCCAUCAUAUAUAAAUGAGAUCUCUAUACACACAUAUGCAUUUCUUUUCACUCAUUUUAUAUAACCAUGCAUACAUACAUUCUGUGACAGUUAUUUUGUAUAUGCAGGUUGGCAUUGUUAGCAAAUCGCACAGAGAAGAAGAAGAAGAAAAAAAGAAAAAGAUAUUGAGAGCCUUUCACAAAUGUUACCAGCUGGAAGAUCACAUAGCUAGGUAGGAGUUUAGUGUCCUAAAAAACAAAAAGUCUAUUUGUGUGCUUGUAGGAGUUUAGAGUCUUGUUGCCUAAUUUAACUAUAAAGAAAAAAACUUAAUCUCCUAAAAAAAAUUUGGGCUCCAUAUUGGGUACUGCGAUUGUUUGAUCCCGACCUAUGUCACUUAAUUAUUUACUUAAAACCCCCAAAAAAUGUCCUUUUUCCCAAAAACACAUAUGUGGAGUAUUUUGUGGCAAAGGAAAAAUAAAAUCACAAAAAGUGGAUGUUGCCUCAUGCCCUCAUGGCAUCAUGUAGUACGUUGCUUGCUUUCGUUGUGUAGUCAGUGAAAAAACAAAACAAAAAGGUAUUGGGAUAUUUGUACCAUUUACUUUUUCUGUGGGUUGUGUUUGUUUUGGGGUUUGG